AUGAAGAACAACCCCGACACCCUAGAGGCCCAGAUAAGCGAUCUUCAUCUCCGAGGAUCCAGGGAUGGUACUCCGGUGUUGGAAACCCGAGCUAGAACGACAUCAGUACAACCAGCUCUCUUGAGGGUUCAAGAUCAAUCGUCGGUAGCCAAGGUAGUAGCUGUGGAACCAGUAGGUGCUGGGAUCGAAGUAAAUCAAGACGUGUCCACGUACUUCGAUAACUUCCGAACAGAACUCGAAAUGCGGUUCUGUCAUCCGGAUGUCCAGCACCAAGUCGCUUUCCCAUGGGUCUCUGGGGCGGCGAAGGAGAUUCUUGUCAAAGCGGUAUGGGACAACAAACGACAAGUCUCUUACGAUUCAUUGGUAGCUUUCUUUAUGAAUGCCUUUCCUGCCACUGUUGAUCUCAAUAUGGUGGACCAGGAAAUGGAUAACUUGAGACAGAAUGAAGGAGAAACCAUCAUUGCUUACUGGAUUCGUCAUCAGCUUGUAACGCAGAAAGCUGAUAUUCUCAAAUUACCUUACAAUCCCGUGUUGACCUUCAAGAAAAGGCUCAUUCAUGGUGAAGUUAAGAAGCAUGUCAACAAUUACAUUGCCAUGAAGAAGUUGGACGGCAUAACUCCUCAAAUUCAGGACGUCGUUGCCGUCGCCAUCGAGCGCGAUCAGCGCCCGGAUAUCAAACACUUUGCUAGGGGCGCUCCUUGUCGUGACACGGCCAGCGCCAUGGUUUCUACCUCUCUCCACCAGAACGGCAAUUGGAAACGACGACGUUCAAGGAUGGAAAGCAGCGGGGGUAGGGGUAAUGGUCCGGAUGUUAUUUGUUACAACUGUAACCAGCGAGGUCACCGCUUUGGAUCGAUCGAGAGACCAACCUGUGGUGCACCCAUCACCAGCAAGACUCAGGCCUACUUUGAGAAGAUUUCAAAGAAGCCGCGAGUCGAGUCCAAUGAUCCUGUAGCUAGUGGUAUAAAUGAUUCUCUGAGUAAUGCAGCAUUGUUUCCGUCCAUGUUUGAAGAGCCAACAAAAUCAUCCUCGAGGGAUGAGCCCUCGGGAAGCGACAGUUUGACUGUCGGUGAGCCAGCUGAGAUAGCUGAAGUACUUGUCUUAAAAGACGAUGUGACUAAGUAUAGUGCCUCAUAUCAGGCACAAAGCUCCAACAAAGGUGACAGUGAGUCUGUCCGCAAUUCAGAAGACGAUCUGAAUAUAAAUCCUUCCGAUGUUAGUAAGGAUAUAGAGUCUCGUGCAUUAGAACACGACUCCACCUCGAUACAAAGUUCUCCGUUAGGUGUAUUGGGAAGGGAAACAGGUGAAGCUGUUUCCAUCUCUGGGGUUACAGAGAACCAUAGCCAAACGUUUAUGGAUGAUGUUGGAAAUUUGCCGGCCAGCAAUUCCAAGAUCCCCGGGACGGGUCAACCACCUGGCUGUGUUGGACAAUGGCACGGGUGA